AUGCGUAGUACCAAUGGCGUGCCCGUCUCUUCCCCAGGUUCGAGGCUACCUCUUCCGGUUCUCAAGCGGCCCGCCACCAGUCACCAGCGAUCCGUCACCCUGCCGCAGGCCUCUUCUGCAACGCCGCAAAGUGAUCGCAUGUCCAUCGAUGAAGUUUCUGCCGACAAUGGUGACUCUCGACCCCGCCACUACUUCACCCCCAAGAGCGCCCCUGCCGACUGGUCGUCUCUGCGCAAUCGAAACCCUUCCAGCAUCCCGACUCCCAGCAACAUCAAACGAAUAUACCCCGAUCGGAAGUAUACGCCGAUUCUUGUCGCUGCUAGAUCAACUAUCCAACCAGCUUCAGUCGAGGUGGAUGACGGCGUAGGCUUGGACGAGGAUGAGGUGGAAGUCGCCAACUCUCAGGCGCUACCGACAUUUGGUUCGUCGCCACUGCCGUCCGAUAGUCUUCAAGUUCAGGAAGGUCCAACGCCCCGCCGUUCGUUCUCGAUCGGCGAUCUCUUGUCCGGCGGACCACAACCGCUAUGGAGGCGCCCUUCUCAAAAGAAGGCCAAAGGGCCUCCAAGCAAGCUCGUCCGUAGACGCAGCCAACGCAUAGUCUCCGCACCGCAGCAAUCAAUGGGUAAUACACUCGGCAUUGGCUCUGGUGCUGACGGCGAGCGGCCUGCCAAACGACGCGAUCUCACGAACCCUCUCUUGACCCCGCGUAGUAUCUACUCGUCCUCCAGCAGCAAUCCACCGGCAGAGAGGGAUACACCGCAGGAGAUUCAGUUGAACCUCUCUUCGAAGAUAUCACCACAGUCCAUUGCCCGCAGCCCCAGUCAAUCUCCGAGUGCUGAUGCGGUCCUGUCUCAUGCGUGGUCAACUCCUCCUUUGGAUCAGAACAGACUACCUUCCGCCACCGGCGUCUCUGGAGCCACGAGACACUCGCAACUUUCCGCCACACAUUCGGAAGCGGCAUCCUUUGCGGACUCGGACAGCGAGUACAGGUCCAUUGGGGACGCCAGCACAGAUUACCAAAGCGACACCGUGUUCAACUCCUACAACACGCGAACCACGAGAAGCAGUUCUGGCAAACGAGGACCCCACAUCGAGAAGAUCUUUGAAGACUCGCCUCCCGCCUUGAACUCUGCUCGUAGCACCAAGCUCCAGGAUCUCCUACAGGAGGGAGCGCUCGCGGAGAAUGGAAGACGAUACCGCCACAGCACCAUCGAAGAGGAAGGGAGCAUCACCAGUACUCCCGUGCGGUCUUUGCGGACUAACAGCGUAAUGUCUACACCCUCUGCGCGACCCGGUGCUGUGCCUUUGGCAUUUACGUCUUCCCCGCCAAUGAUGCAAAUCAUGCCCGAUCCCGAUGAGAUCGAUUGGGAUGCCUCGGAGGAUGAGUCCAAUGCCGUCCAGGGUCACGAGGGGUUGGGCCUGCGCACGAAUGCGCACGAUGCAUAUCCCGUGAACCCACAAUUCCGCUUUGGUGCCACUUUGCAAGAGCCGCAUGGUCUCGACUCAACUCCGAACCGCUUGCUUGGCGCGCACGGAGAGAGAAGCAACCCCUUCGACUGGUCUGAGGUUCAGCCGAGUCCUAGUCACAACACUUCGCCCCAACGGCCCCGAACGGUGCACGGCAAGAAGAACGCCGAAGGCCGGGGAAGCAGAGCAGUCGGCCGACGCGCGCCGAGCGGCAUCCACGCCCGAAGCCACAGCGUGCCCGUGGCGCCCGAAGCCAGCGGUCGUAGGACGAACGUGGCUGCGAAUCGAUUUGGGACGUGGGGCGUUGGGAGCAAAGUGGUGACGGAAGACUGGAACGAUGAUUUUACCUUUGAUGAUGCACCGCCGCCCGAAGCGCCGUCUGGGAGCAACGACGGGCGGGGAGAGGGAGAGCGGGACGACGACGCUGAGCGGAAUAUGUUUGUCCCGCGCUCGAUUCGGGAGCAGCAAGAGAAUGUUGUUGCUAAUAUCACCUUAUUGCGGGAGUGGGGUCUACUGAUUGAAGAGCUGAAAGUGUUGCGCAUACGGGCCAGCGCGCUCGGCAUGCUGGAGGGACGAUAUGCGCGCGAAUGGGAGGAGGUGGACGCGAUGAUCGAGCUCGCGGAUCAGGAGACGGAGGAGAAGACACUGGAGCCUCGCCGCUCGCCGCCUUCGUCGCCGAGUUUCGACCAUUCCGCAUUUGACGAGCAAUUCGCCCCUGCGCCAACACGAGCUCCCGCUACGGCACCUCCACCGACCAUCACAGCACCAGCAAGCGAAGCAACCCCCUCUGCCAUCCCACCCCAUCACUCAAGCGAAAUCCUCACCCGCCCCCGUAAAGACUCCGAAGCAGUCGCGCAAUCCAUCAUCCAAGCCCUGCAAACCAAACGCACCGCCCCGGGCCCCUCCACCUCGCAGGCCAAAAAAGUCCCCUUCGACACCGCCACGCUCCGCCACAUCGUACCCUACGUGCACGGCCUGGCGCGCAAAGUCAAGGAGGCGCUGCGCGAGACGGAAGAUCUGCGCACGAGUCCGCAGCGGCCUGGGAGUGUGGCGAGAUGGGGUCUGCUCGGUGGGGAGGAGGGCGUUGUUCCUUUCCCGAGUCCUUUUGCGGCACGGUCGAGGAGGGAGGAGGCGUUUACGGACCAUGAUGGGGGUGAGGAGAUGGAUUUCGAGGAUGAAGAGAUGGACGAUGGAGAGCGUGGGGCGGCAGCGGAUGUGGAGCUCGCGAGGCGGGUGCAGAGGAUGAAUCUGCCUCGAGGCUGA